AUGUUUUUAAAUUUGUUGUUUCUCCUCCUGGCGCAAAGUGUUUACAGUGAUUCGGAACCCUUUACUAUCUCCAUCGAUGGGCCACAUGAAAUCACCCUUCCCUACGAUGAAGAUUUCGUUCUCACGGGAAAUAUUGAACCCACUGGAAAUGAACUAUUUGAUCCGCAACUAUACGACGUCGAAUGGACUCCAGUAACUCUUCCCAAAGACUCCAAAGCCAGUGAGCUACUGGAUCCAAAAGAGCCAUUAAUCUACAGAAUCCCAAAGGGCGGUCUAACCGUCAGUGGCUUGUACAAAUUUUCGCUUUUCGUUUCGUCUACCUCCAAUUCAAACUACAACCAAACCGCCUUUUUCGAUGUGACGGUGCAUGAUAUGCAAUCAAAAGUGCCUCUUACUGUAAAUAUACCGCCCAAAGUCGUGCAAUUACCGCAAACUCAUCUCGUCCUCCAGCCAGAAAUCAAUUUCGAGGAUUAUCCCGAGGAAUCGUUAACGUUCAAGUGGGAAGAGCAAGAAGUUCCUCUCAACACAGCGGAGCUCAUCGUCGACGCGAUAAAAAACGAAGCGUCGCUGGAAAUCGACGUCGCUCCGGAAGCAGCCAACAUUACUUUCCUCUUGACCGUAUCAGACAAUAACUCUGACCAGAAAGUGGAAGUACACGCCUCAUUACAAAUUAUCGAAGAAAAAGACGAGCCUCCUACCGCUGUAAUCAUCCCAAAAGAGUUCAAAAUCACGCUUCCGACUUCCACCGCUAAACUGUGCGGAAACUCGUCGACAGACGACCACGAAGUAGUCGAAUAUCUCUGGGAAGUGGAAAACGAUGAGAAUCCCGAAGUUGUCGAUCUGUCCGGCUCGCACGAGCCUUGCCUUUCCAUAAACAGCAUCCGCAAACCGGGAACUUAUCAUUUCUCCCUGACCGUGGCAGAUAAAAAGGGGCAAAAGGAUCAGACUACCGCUACGAUCAUCGUUGACCCGGCGAAGAAUAACAACCCAGUAGCUAAACUCCAGAUUGGAAACGUCAUGUUUUCAUCGGAAGGCAGCGCACUCUACUUCAUUCCAAGCACAAAAGAGCUCGUCCUCAACGCCUCCACCAGCGUUGAUCCAGAUGGCGACAGUUUGACGUAUUUCUUCUCCACGGGGAAGAAAGCUCCGUCAAAACAGAUCCUUACCGUAGAUCCGCUCGAUCAAAGAAUCGCCAGGGUUUCAAACAUCACCGCAGUCGGCCUCUACAAGUACCAACUGACGGUGACGGAUGAUGGAGAGCCACAACUAUCAGAUUCGGUGGAAAUCGUUGUCAACGUCACUACUGGUGCAAAGCCGACUAUCGUCGUCGAGGAAGAGCAAACAAAGGUUGGCCCUCGUGCAAACUUUGCUAUUGACGCUUCGCGCUCUCAUUCUUUCGACGAUUCUUUACUUUCGUUUUCGUGGACGGCUGAUCCAUCCGUCCUCGCUGGAUUCACCGUCUACAACAACUCCAUCAACUCGCCUAUCCUUCAAAUCUUAAACGCCAACAUCGGCACCUACAAGUUCACCGUCACUGUUACCGACAAGAUCGGUCAAACCAACUCUCAAAUCGCCACUGUCAACGUCGUCGAGGAUCCAGAAAUCGAUACUAUCAUUGAAAUCACCGUUUAUGACUGCCCAAUGAUUACGAAAAAGGAGUCAAAAGAUGCUGAAACGGAGCUGUUGCUUAAUUUAGCGGAUAACGAGCCUGAAUUGACAAAAGUGUCUAUUACCCACGUUUUCCAGCCCUUCCACUCCCCGGACUUGGUGCUUCUCGCAAAAGCAUACGACAUCUUCGAAAACGCAACGGAAACAUCUCAAGUCGUCCCCUUUCUCGACGGAGCGCUCGUCUCAAGCGGCGGCUUCAAAUCAUUUUGUCGCGGGCAUCCUGUCACUGCCAGGCCUCUCGUUUGCCUCUCCGACUGCAGUGGCCACGGCAUUUGCUCCAACUCGACGAAAGAGUGCGAAUGCGACAAGUUCUGGAUUCGCAAUCCAAUGCUGGCGUAUCAGAAUUGCGCCUGGAGCCUUGUGUACUUGGUCCUGUCCAUUUUUCUGAUUCUCAUCAGUGUCCUCGCCGCUGUAAUAAUGCUAACACGAAAGCGAAAACAGAAAAGCGGGCGAGCAAAGAAGCAUCAGAAGCGUCGAUCGGACUAUGCCGCUCUUCAUGCCUUGGAUUCCGAAACUGACGAAGAUGAAAAAGCACCGUCGAAAUUCUCUCGUCCACGGAAGAAGCGCCCACUGCGAGCAAGACCGCCGAAACCUAUAAAGAGCGAUCACGUCGCUCUGAUCGACUCCGACGGUGCUCCAGGGACGAGCGAUUCGGAUACGCUCUUCGAGAAGCCGCGCUUUUCGGAAGAAAUCCUGUAG